AGAUUGAUUUUUAUUAAUCCUAUAAUGAAGCAAAUUAGAAAUCUAUAUAAGAGAGUUUCAAGCAACUACUAUGGUAUACUUUCUUCACCAUUGCCCUCUUCUGUAUAACAGUUAGAGCUAUUGAAGUAACAACACUAGUACUACAUUUUUCUUCACCAAUCACCAUCGUCCUCUUCUAUAUACUUACACAAUGCUCAUAUUGUCACCGUCACACUACAACAAAAUAAUGGUGUCUCUCAUCAUGUUUCUCCUAUCUAUGGCUUCACAAACCUUGGCUGUGAAUGUGGCCUUGAGUACCGAGACUGAUAAGAUUGCUUUGCUUGUUUUGAAGGACAAGCUUACCAAUGGCGAUCCUCAUGCUCUGUCAUCAUGGAAUGAGUCUCUCCAUUUCUGUGCAUGGGAGGGCAUUACAUGCAGUCGCCGUCACAUGAGAGUCUCAGCCUUGCAACUUCAAAAUCAAUAUUGGGGAGGUACUAUUGCGCCAUCUUUGGGAAAUCUGACGUUCCUAAGGGUGAUCAAUCUUACUAACAUCAACUUGCAUGGUGAGAUUCCAAGAGAAGUUGGUCAUUUGAAGAGACUGCAGUUUCUUGGCUUGAGCAACAAUAAUCUUCAUGGAGAGAUUCCUAUAGAGAUGAUAAAUUGUUCAAGCCUUGAGGUAAUUAUAAUGUGGCAAAAUAAUCUAACUGGGAAAGUUCCUUCAUGGUUGGGUUCUAUGAUGCAACUCACUCAUCUGGGGCUUGCAGUCAACAAUUUUGUUGGUAGUAUCCCGCCUUCUUUGGGAAAUCUUUCAUCCCUUGAGGCGUUGUCACUUGGAGUUAAUCAUUUGGAAGGAAGAAUAACUCCAGCUUUGGGUAGGUUGUCAAAUUUGAAAUUUUUGAGUUUAAGUUCAAAUAAUUUUUCUGGCCAAGUUACUCCUUCACUUUAUAACCUUUCAAAUAUUCAAGUUCUUGAUUUCGCUCGCAACCACUUAAUGGGUACUCUUCUCUCAAAUAUACCUCUGGCCUUUCCCAAUCUUAAGAUGUUUACGUGUGGAGGGAACCGAUUCAUCGGUACUUUUCCAUCUUCAAUAUCCAACCUUUCUGAGUUGCAACUAUUUGAUAUCUCAGUAAAUAAUUUUCAUGGACCAAUUUCUCCUACCCUAGGGAGUUUACACAAACUCCAGAUAUUUAACGUUGGUCAUAAUAGAUUCGGAAAUGGAAGAGAUCACGAUUUGGAUUUUCUUUUCUCAUUGACUAAUUGUACUCAAUUGCAGAACCUAGACUUUUAUGAAAAUUAUUUAGGGGGAGUAUUGCCAGAUAUCAUAGGCAACUUAUCAACCAAUCUUGUUUUGCUUGAUAUGGCGUUGAAUCAAAUAUCUGGAAGGAUACCAGAAGGAAUUGGAAAACUAGUCAACCUAGCAACACUUGAUAUGGAGGAAAAUUUCCUUGGGGGAACAAUUCCAGAUUCAAUGGGAAAGCUAAAAAAUCUGGGAGAGUUGUGGUUGAGUGAAAAUAAGUUCUAUGGCAACAUCCCUCUUGUCAUUGGUAACCUUACUAUGUUGUCUGACGUUGAUCUGAGCUCAAAUGAAUUUGAAGGACUCAUUCCUUUUACACUUGGAUACUGCACCAACAUGCAAAAAUUUUCUGCAUCUGAAAACAACUUAAGUGGUAACAUACCCAAUCAAACAUUUGGCAACCAGCAAGGCUUAAUACAGUUGUUACUAUACUCCAACUCUUUUACCGGCCCCAUUCCUUCUGAUCUUGGAAACUUGAACCAUCUUUCCAUCUUGGAUUUACAAGAUAACAAGCUCAUUGGUGAGAUUCCCACGAGACUUAGUGCUUGCACUGCUUUAACAGAGCUCGUACUAGAAAGAAACUCAUUCCAUGGAAGUAUACCUUCAUUCUUGGGAUCUCUACUAUCCCUUGAAAUCUUAGACCUUUCUAAUAACAACUUCUCAAGCACAAUCCCUCAUGAACUUGUGAAUCUCACGUUUCUGAGUAUGUUGAACGUAUCUUUCAACCAUCUCUAUGGUGAAGUCCCGGUAGGAGGAGUAUUUAAUAAUGUCACAGCAAUAUCACUCGUUGGAAACAAAGAUCUUUGCGGUGGGAUACCUCAAUUGAAUCUUCCUGCAUGCCCUAUGUUGCCCUCACAGAAGAGAUCUCUCAAAAAGAGAGUCAUCCUCUUCAUUGCAUUUGGAGGGGUUCUAAUCUCUUUUGUAGCUUUUAUUAGUAUAUAUCUCUUCAAGAAAAAGGCAAAAAAUUUAUAUACUACUUCUCUAGCUUUGCAAUAUGGCUAUGUGAAGGUUUCUUAUAGAGAGCUACAUCAAGCAACAAAUGGAUUUUCUUCAUCCAAUUUAGUUGGCACAGGAAGCUUUGGCUCUGUGUAUAGAGGAAUCCUUGUCCAUUUUGAGAGGCCUGUUGCUGUGAAGGUGUUGAAUCUUCAAACACGGGGGGCAUCAAAGAGUUUCAUGGCCGAAUGCAAAGCUUUAGGAAAAAUCAAGCACAGAAACCUUGUCAGCAUACUGACUUGUUGUUCAAGUGUUGAUUACAAAGGGAAUGAUUUCAAGGCCAUAGUGUUUGAGUUCAUGCCUAAUGGGAGUCUAGAAACCUUGUUGCACAACGCUAUUGAAGAUAGCGAAUCCACAAAUAUGAGUCUCAACCUUAUGCAGAGAGUAAAUAUUGCUCUUGACAUAGCUUUUGCAUUGGAUUAUCUUCACAAUGGUUCUGGGGAAGCUGUGGUUCACUGCGAUGUUAAGCCAAGCAAUGUUCUACUUGAUAAUGAAGUUGUUGCCCACUUGGGAGACUUUGGAUUAGCUAGACUCAUUCAUGGUGACGCAUGCCGUUCUAGCAGUAAUCACGCUAGCUCCUCUGCAAUUAAGGGAACCAUUGGAUAUAUUCCGCCAGAGUAUGGAGCAGGUGGACCAGUAUCACCACAAGGAGACAUCUAUAGAUAUGGAAUUCUUCUUUUGGAAAUACUAACCGGAAAGAAACCAACAGAUGACAUGUUUGGUGAAGAUCUAAGCCUACACAAGUUUUGUAAAAAGGCAAUUCCAGAAAGAAUCACUGAGAUUGUUGAUUCAAGAUUGUUAAUUCCGUUUGGUGAAGGAGAAAGAAAGAUCACGCAAAAGCAAAGUAUCAAGGAGUGUAUAGUGUCCUUUGCCAGGAUUGGAGUUGCAUGUUCUCAAGAGUUUCCCACUCGACGGAUGAACAUUAAAGAUGUCGUAAUGGAGCUGCAUGCAAUUAAACGCAAACUGCUUCCAUAAAUAGGUGUCAUGAUUAUGAGAAACAUUUAGCUGCUUUGAGUUGGAUUAUCCUUCUUCUUUUUUGUGAAUUAUUGCGUGUUGUCUGUGUUCUCUUCUCUACCAUUUACAAGGAUUAAGGAAUAAUACUUGCUCACAAAUUUAUUACCAUCAAUCUUGGUUUAUAUAAGAAACUAUAUCAUUAUAUGUUCGUUCUCUUCAAUUACAGUAAUGUGAGAUAACAAUUCAACACGAUUCAUUAAUAUACACAAAUAGAAAAGGGCAAAAGAGAGGUUUGAUUUGUCGAUUUACCGAAACAGAUUGCAGGCGCGUGAGGAAUCAUCGCUUGUCGUAAUCGACGAUCUCAUUGUCAGUGACGGAUCUAGAAUGCUGAACAAUGGAGCGACCAAUAGAGUUGAUCCAAUCCUCCUUCUCCUUCUCCGAAUCGGCGAUGAAGUACAUCGUCUCGUAGCGCGAGGAUAGCUCGAACGCGCAAGGCUUGUUGAUCGCGUCCUCUGCGCCCUUAACGGUAAGGUAAGACGCGACGGGAAUGACGCCGCGUGGCUUUGACGCGCGCGUGACGGUUGAGUCUUUGAACCAGAAAAGCUCCCCUUGCU